AUGGGUUUGGAACUUCAAACGAUAGCUUUAACUGGUCACGGAAUGGAACGUAAAUUAAAUGUAAAUGAAUCUUUUAUCACAUUUUUACCAACUGUACCAUAUAUGGAAAUCCAAGAACGUGAAUUUACGAUCGAAAAUAAUUGCGAAUAUCCAAUAGAAUUUUUUUGGCAUCAUCUCGAUAAUCAAUUCAUACACGAAGAUCGCAUUGCUAAGAUACUUACUCGCUAUUACGAUGUUGAGGAAAUCCUCUUACCACUUAGGAAACUUGCAGAAGGGAUCCCAGCUAUAUUAAUUGAAUUCUAUAAUGAUUUAAUCGAUAAGAGUACGACGAUCACAAAGAAAAAAAAGAAGCAAGUAAACUCACAGUUAGGUGAUUUAGAUCACAUAAGUAAUUUGCAUAAAGAUCCAAAUUUUCAUGAGAUAAUGAGGGAUCCAAUAAAAUGUUUGUUCGAUGAACUCGAACUCCAAUCCACGUUGACAGAAAAGUUAGAAGAAUUAGUGGAACCAGAAAAAAAAGUUUGCAUUAUCUUUCACGGUGCACCUUUUACAGCUUACCAGGAAACGGCAUGCAGAAGUGCCAGAGCAUUAGGAAUUCCCGUGCUUUCUAUAGACACGGCUAUUUUAGAAAUAGCAGCUUUCAGUAAGAGCGAGUGUUCGGUCAAACUUAGACAAGCUAUCAAUGAAACUUAUCAGAAUUAUACUACCAAAUUUUCUGAAUACAAAAGUCAAAUUCUUGCUGAAAAAUUGGAAACGACGCGUACGCAAAAGUCACAAUCUUCGCGAAAGAAAAAACAAUCUGGUGAAACACCAAGAACAAUGGAAACACCGAGAUCCGAAAAACGUGACGAAGAUUUAAGAGAUGAAGAAAGAUUUUUACGUUGGACCGACGAGCCUGAUCCUUUUGAAUCGUACAACAAAUUAUCACUCAAUGAGGAAACAUUAAUUUCAAUGGAUGUUUUCAGUCAAUACGAACAUAAAUUACAAGCUAUUAAAUUAUUGGAAAAAAUUCUUUCAAAAACGGUAAUCACUGAUCCCGUAAAGGAUAAAACAAGCUUUCGAGAAAGUGACAAAAGUAGUAAAAAAAAACAAAAAAGUAAUUUUUUCGAAAUUGAUUCGGAUAUAUUAUCUGAAGCGUUAAGGGAAAGAUUAUCUGAACAAGAUUUCGAAAAAGGUUUCAUUUUGCAAACUCUCCGUAAUUGUUUCAUUUGCGACGAGAUCAAAACUUUAAAUAUUUUACUCGAUGUCAUCGGUCAUGUAGAAUUUUUUCUUUUCAUUACCUUUUACAAUUCCAGAUCGAUGAGAUGUCACUGUCCGAUUACGAUCAACUUUCCGAGGAAGAUAAAAAUAUAUAUCUUGAAGCAAUCUUGCCAAUAA